CUCCCUGUUGAAUACAGCCGUUGGAAGCAAGAGGAUCACAGGAGACAGGAUGUGAUCAUCAUGGCACCUGCAUUAUUGAUUCUUUUGGGGGCCACAGUGACAUUGCAAGCAGACUUACUUCCUGAUAAAAAAUUCUUACUUCUCCCACCUGUCAAUUUCACCAUUAAAACCACGGAUUUAGCUCAAGUUCUUUUACGUUGGGAACCAAAUCCUGAUCAAGAGGAAAGAAAUGUCAAGCUAGGAUAUCACGUGAAAAUAAACUCUCCACAAGAAGAAGACUAUGAAACCAGGAACACUGAGAGCAGACGCACAACCAUCCUUCACAAAGGCUUCUCAGCCAGCGUGCAGACCAUCCCGUGGAACGACCACUCCCUCCCACCCAGCAGCUGGGUUUCUGCGGAACUCAAAGCCCCACCAGGGUGUCCUGGAACCUCAGCUGUGAAUUUAACUUGCAUCACAAGCACAGAGGCUAAUACUUACACACAUUUAAGGCCAUACCAAGUUUCUCUUCACUGCACCUGGCUUGUUGGCAAGGACGCCCCUGAGGAUACGCAGUAUUUCCUCUACUAUAGGUAUGGCUCUUGGACCGAAGAAUGCCAAGAAUACAGCAAAGACACCCUGCAGAGAAAUAUAGCCUGCUGGUUUCCCAGGACUUUUAUCAACAGCAAAGGGCGCAGCUCGCUCGCAGUCUAUGUGAACGGCUCAAGCAAGGAAGCCGUCAUCAAGCCUCUCGACCAGCUCUUCGCUCUGCACGCCAUUGAUCGAGUAAAUCCUCCAGUGAACGUCACCGCAGAGAUCGAAAGAACCUGUCUCACUAUCCAAUGGAAGAAACCAGUUUCUCCUUUUCCAAUCCAUUGCUUUGUUUAUGAAGUGAAAAUUUACAACACAAGGAAGGGUUUCUCUCAGACAGAAAAAGUGACGACCGACACAUUCAUCGCCAUAAUUGACGAUAUUUCCAAGUAUUCCAUUCAAGUGAGAGCAGCCAUGAGCUCUGUGUGCAGAGAGACGGGGCUCUGGAGUGAGUGGAGUCAACCCAUUUACGUGGGAAAUGAUGAGAAGCAGCCCUGGACAGAAUGGUUCCCUGUUGUGCUUAUGGCAGUCAUCUGCUUCCUCUUGUUAACGUUCUCCCUCAUCUGCAGAAUGUAGGUAUUCUUUCCAUUUGGGUGAUUCCUUUGGGGUCUGAAUAUUGAAUGUUUGCAUUCUUGCCAUGCAACCGCUAGACGGAGGGUUCUUGUCAUCUGGUAGAAUUUAUAGCAUUUCGUGUCUUCCUGCAAAGCCUUUCCAAGAUGAGUGUGGAUCGAGUCAAAAACUGGGCAACAGUCGGUGAUUUACAGAAACUGGACAGAGCCCAGCAUAGCCUUCUGCCAUUAGCUGCAUGCUUCUUGAAUUUGCCAGCAGUCUAUUAAUUUCUGUGGUUUUUGUAUUCGUUGGUUAUUUUUGAUGCCUUGACUGCCUUGGUCACCUUUCUUGUGUCACCAGGGCAUCCUUUUUAUUUCCCAGAUAAAGGCAGGCAGCCCCCUGGACACUGAACUCAC